AUGGAAAAACAAACGCCAGAAACAAUACGUAAGUUGAUAGUUACUAUCAAAAAUGAAUUCGUGGCAACUCAACAAUGGUUAGAUAACCAAGGAGCUGCACCUUUGGCUCACGAACUUCGCUACCGAAUCCAUAAUUUAGAAGAAAAGUAUGCUACUGCUGAGCAACUAAACCAAGAGCUUUUACUAGAAGAUGCAUCAGAGACUGAUACCGUUGGUAUCGAGUUGCUGAAUUUAUACUUCAGUGUAGUGGCUAGCCUAGAAACCCUGCUGGAUGAAUCGGAGAUCCAACCUUCAGUGUCUGCUCACCUGGCCACAGCAUCAACUAAUGGUCCUCAAGGUACCAGUUUAACUUUACCUCAGAAUAAGAAUCCGGCCGAACGUUCGCCAACGUCCGCGCCAUACUCAUCUCAGAAUCUGGGCAAACAUUCGCCAACGUCUGUGCCAUACUUAUCUCCGAGUCAGGCCGAACAUUCGCCAAUGUCCGCACCAUACUUGCUUCAGAAUCCGGCCGAUUGUCCAACUACAGUUGCACCACCACCACACCAGUCUCCUGUACACCAGCUCACCGCAUUGUUACCUCAGCUUCCAGCCGAAUGCUCAGAUACGUUUGCACCGCUACUUACUCCAUUUCCAGCUACUCAGCUGGCUGCACCCUUACUUCAGUUUCCAGUUGAACACUCAGAUACGUUCACUACCUCGACUCCAGCUCCGAUCACUACGUCAACUCCAGCUCCGUUCGCUACCUCGACUUCAGCUCAGACAUCCUUCACAGUACAAUCAGUACCAAAUACCUCGUCAUCCAGAAACACAGACUCAAACUACUCACCUCAAACAACAUUGGCUACGGCGGCGGCGAUAGCAUUGCCUUCUGCACAUGCGCUGCUUGCUAGCAGCACGGACACUGCUCCAAUCAACGCAUCAUCACCCAGAGUAAUUCCUAGUAACCAGAUAGAAACGCUAGCAGCGCUCCCACCAGUACCAGUUUUGGGGCUUCCGGCGCCUGAAUCAGUUCUCCAAGUUUCUGCUCAAAAUGUGCAACCAGUAACUGCGCUUUCAGCUCCACUUCCGGCGCUUCCUGCCUAUGAACCAGUAUUCAUGCUCCAUGUACCAGUACCAAUCUUCACGACAGCUACAAUGAUAUCCGCGCUCAAUGCGUCAGUCUCCAUGCACACUGAGCCAGUUUCAGUGUUCUCUCAACAAGUACCAGUAUCUACACACGAUGCGCACGUGAUCACGCGCGCUACGUCAGUUUCAGCACUCUUUUCUCCAGUACCAGUUUCUGCGCGCAAUGCGCCGAUCACCACACGCACUGCACCCAUUUGGGCGCUUCCUGUGCCAGUACCACUUCUCACAGUAGCUACGCUUCCAGCGCCAGUAGCGCCGCAAUUUGCAUCAGCCUCUACAGCUUUACAGAUACACUCACAGGUUCCAGACAACCCAGAGCAGCUCUCCGCACUAGUCUCCAUGCCUAUCCAUACACCAGUCAACUCAGUAAGCAGUGCCGUAGUCUCCGAAUUCACCAGCACAGUUUCCCGCAUCCGUACCUCGCCUCCAGCACCCUUAGUAGCAUCUCAAGAAGAGUCCACUUCAGCAGCAGCAAUAGCGAGCCUUUCCACACCUAUGACACCAGCUAGCAGCGCAAAUGCCGCACCACUCAACGCGUCAUCGUAUGUAGUAGUUCCCAGUACCCAGACAGUGUCAACAGCGAUGCAUCCGCCUUCCUUGGCGGCAUCCAGCGCGAUUUCUGCACCUCUAUACAAAAUUCUCAGCUCAGUAACGGUUCCCGCAUUCUCUGACAACGUUCCUAGUAUUGUUUCUGUGCUGUUUGCACUCGCACCAGUGCCCAUAGCACCACCAGUAGUGUCCGCGUCAGCAGCGGCCUCCGCGGUGCAUACUGUACCUGUAUCUGCGAUCCCAUCCAAGUCAUUAGUGGCGCCAGCAGCGUCCGCAUUGGCAGCUGAAUCCACUGCUCAUCUAGCACAGCAUAGCAUCGUCUCUACGACCCCUGCACGUUCGUAUGCACAGGUGGUCGGAUCAAACUUGUCAUCUAUACCUGUCUCCGCGCAAGAUGCGCCAGUUUCAGCGCAUUCCACGCCAGUACAAGUAUUUGCAUGUGAUGCGCUCAUCACUACGCUUCAAGCGCCUGUAGCAGUUCCACUGGCGCUCUCACACACCCACAUCAACUCCACAGUCAGCACAGUAAUCUCAGCAUUUGCCAACACCGCUUCCAGUAUAUUUUCCGCGCCAGUAGCCGUGCUAGCAGCGCCUGCUCCAGCGGCAGCCUUCGUAGCUCAUCAGGCAUCUAACAGCAUCGUUUCUGAGUCAUGGGAGUGCUUAUAUGUGCUCCUGACACACAUAUCCUCAGCCAAUUCAUCAUCCGCAUCUAAGCACAGUACCGCACACUCCCUGCACACCUCCACAUCAGCAUUCGUCUCAGCAUCACGCUUCCUGCCUUCAUCGUCGAGCUCAGCGCCUCUUGCGCUCACAUAUGCACCAACAGUUCCUGUAAUUGCAUCAGAAUCUGCUACAGCCUCUAUCGCGCCUGCCUCAGCAGCAGCCGCGCCAGUAAUCGCUCAACUGAGCACUAGAGCCUUGGCCAGUUUGGUGCGAGUAAUGCCAAAGUCAAUCGCACCAGUUUCAGCACUAGAGACGCUCAUAUCCGCGCACCCUGUGUCAGUAUUCGCAUCAGUAACUCCAGUAGAAUUGUCUGCCGCACAAGUUUUUGCGCUCCCUGCACCUGCACCAGUCUCUGCACUAUUCAUACCAGUAUCAAAGUUAGCUGCGCAUUUCUCUGCGCCAGUCCCAGCUUCAGCGGCACCAAUCGCCGCGCCAGUAAAAGUGCUAGCUGCAUCAGUCUUUACAUUGGCUGCGCACACACCUGUUCCAGCAUUUGCCAUAUCAGCAGUGCCUAUCUCCGAGUCAGACGCGUCAGUCUCUGAAUCAAUCGCGCCAGCCACUGCAGUACCCGCGCUCACUGUGCCAGUCUCCUCGCUAGCAGUUCCAGUAGCCACGUCCGCAUCCAGUUUCACCAUUUUGGCAUACACUCAUAUGCGCUCAACACUGAUUAGCCUCGCAUCCAGUGAUGCAAUAGCCUCGAAUACGUUCGCAGCGGCGGCGGCAGCUGCAUCUCUUACGCCUCGCAUCUCACCGCAUUUCUUACUCUCCUCAGAGCCCUCUCAGUUGGACUAUACAAAGUUUUCGGCGCGUCAGUCUGCCUCAGUCUUCUCCUCAGCACCUCUAAUGAGCACCGCAUCGAAUAGGCCUGUACUCAGCCGCCAGAUAAUCGUAACUGCGCGCUCAGCAGUGGCGGCAGUCUACGCUACAUCAAGCACAUACGUUUCGGCGCAGCCAGCCACUUCUACGCUUCCUCACACGCAGUAUAGAGCAACGUUAUUUGUCUCUGAUGAAUCCUCCGCUCCAGACAUCUUGGCUGUGUUCAUUUUACUUGCUGCAGUACUCAUUGUAGCACUUUCCGCAGUUCCAGUAUUAGUUUCAACGCCGGAUCAGGCUAGCAAGGGCCUAACUGCGACUUCGCACCUACUCCACCCAGCAUCUAUCGCUCCGCUUCUUGUAGCAUAUUUACGCAGCACAGAAUCAGUUCCAAUGCGCGAUUUGGCCGCAGAAGGCCUCAAUUUGAAUCCACACUUGCUCAACCGACACCUUACGUCUCCAGUGAGCCGCGCUCCUCCUUUUCCCGGACAGUUUUGGGCCACAGAGGGCCCACCCAUCGGUUUUGACACUCCUCACACAGAUCAGUCUGAUAUUCACACCUGCACAUUUGACUCGUUUGUCUUAUCAGAGCCACCUUCACUCAGCAAGCAGUCUGCCCUCAUCAGAAUCAGUACUCUUCACUCAUUCGAUCCUCUGCGAUCCAGUUUGAGCUCAGCUGAGCCUGAAACAAGAUAUUAUCGAGAUACAUUGUAUCGUUUCCAUUUCAGAGAAGUCAACAAAUAUCAAUCCUGA